GAAAAUAAUUAUACUUUCCCAAUUUGAUGAACCUGCAGAAUUUUUUCACACUUUUCCCUCCACCGCCACCGGAGUAGUCUUCACCACUCUCCCUUUCAGUUUCUUUACCCUCUCCUCUACUCCUCACAUCCGAUUCCCCCUCUUCCCCCCCCCCCCCCCCCCUCGCUCUCUCUCUCUCUCUCUCUCUCUUAGAAGUGCGGAAGUGGAUGUGUAUUUCUGUAUUCAAUGUUUGCUGCCGAUAGUUCUUCUCGGUUAGGGUUUCGUUGAGCUGUUCAAAACAUGCUGCCGUGGGGUGGUCUCAGCUGCUGUUUGGGCGCAGCCGCUCUUUAUCUCCUCGGGAGGAACAGUGGAAGGGAUGCCGAGUUUCUCAAAUCCGUUACUCGAGUCAAUCAGUUGAAAGAUUUGGCGGGAUUGCUGGAUGCUGCUAUCAAAGUUCUACCUUUUGUCAUUACUGCUUCUGGAAGGGUUGGCUCAGAUACACCAAUCAAUUGUAAGGAUAGUGGCUUACAAGGUGUAAUAGUUGAAGUCACCGCGGAACAACACUUCCUGAAGCUCAAUGAAGCAGGUUCAUGGAUACAGGACUCUGCUUUGAUGCAAUCAGGGUGCAAAGAGGCUUCCUGGUACCUGGAUGAUGGGACUGGUCGUGUAUAUGUAAUAGGGGCCCGAGGUGCCACUGGCUUGGUUUUGACAGUUGGUAGUGAAAAGGUUGUGGAAUCUGGGCAAUCAUUUGUACGUGGAACAUUGGAUUAUCUCCAAGGUCUCAAGAUGCUUGGAAUCAAGAGAACUGAGCGAGUUCUUCCUGUUGGUACGCCAUUGACUGUUGUUGGUGAGGCUGUCAAAGACGACAUUGGAACGGUUCGAAUUCAACGACCUCAUAAAGGACCAUUUUAUGUUACUCAUAAAACAAUUGAUCAGCUCAUUGCUCAUCUUGGAGAGUGGGCAAGGUUGUACAAAUAUGCCUCGAUGGGAUUAACCCUGUUUGGUACAUAUCUGCUGGCUAAGCACGCAUUCCAGUAUGUCAUGGAAAGAAGGUGUCAUUGGGAAUUGCGAAAGAGGGUUCUUGCUGCUGCAGCUAAAAGACAUCGCCAAGAUAAUGAAGGUUCAGAUGGUAAAGCUGAGAAUGGAUCCGAGUCAGAUAGUAGUAAAAAAGACCGAUUAAUGCCAAAUCUAUGUGUGAUAUGCUUAGAGCAGGAGUACAAUUCUGUUUUUGUCCCGUGUGGGCAUAUGUGCUGUUGUACGUUGUGCUCUUCGCACUUAACAAACUGCCCUCUUUGUCGGGGACGAAUUGAGCAGGUGGUGAGGACUUUCCGUCAUUGAACCUUUGUUCAUAAGAGUGUAAGUCCUAAACUUCGCAUUCAUUUUGGCUAUGGAACUUGACAAUGUGGUGCUUCUUUCUGCCCAAUGUAAUCUACCGCCUUGCGCUGAGCCUUUCGAAGUUCUAUAGUUUUCAGGCAAAUCUCGCCGUUUUAAGAUUACCUGGAUCAGUUCUUCAUCAGCCUUAUGGUUUAAUCAGGUAAACGAGAAAUGAUCUGUGUACGACCAUCAAUUUAGUGUAAUAUUUUUUGAUGCCAAUAUGUCAGCAGUCCUAUCCUUUUUGUUUUGGUACUGUAUGUUGUUUUUAAUCUGUGAUUCUGUAUCCCAAGCUUGUCCAGCAAUCUCCUUUUUUUUGAACAGAAUCUCUUAUAUCUUACGUCGUUCAAUA